CUCACCACCAAACCUCACAUGAAAUCACUUCAUCGCAGCCCCACUGUACGGAGGAAGUCGGCAUGGUCACUGCCACCACUGAAAAUCACCACCGCCAUAGACGCAGAUCGCAGGUGCUCUCUCUCACUCUUUUCAGCUCGCUCUCUAGCUCUCUAGCUCUCAAUCUGUCUGUACAAAGGAAAGGAUAGUCAAGGUGAACUUGUUGGUUACUUUGAACUUGUUAUAAAGAUGUAUCCACAAGGAAGGAUGUCCUACCAUUUUCGAGAGAUGCGUGAAGAUGAUUACCUAACUGUGAAGGGACCCAAGGCAAAGAGGAGUUGUGUCAAGUUAGAUAUUUAUAGAAAGUUCUCAAAUGCAUUAGCAAGAACAGUGAUUGCUUCAGUUGCUUGGAUAGGAUAUGAGGCUUUUCUCAAGUUGAAACAUGAGACCAAAGUUGAUCACAUCUUUGUCUUGGGGAACUCUGGUGAACAGUUUGAGAUAACACUAAUGGCUUUGUUGCAUGGACUUGCGGAUAAUCCAUAUUGGUGUAUGGAGAAGAAUUUUAACUUUUGUGUAGAACUAAUAUAAUACUUUUGUCGUCCUCAGCUUUUGUGUAGUUCAUUAUUACUGAUACAGAAAACUUUUGACAAUCAACA